UAUAUAUAUAUAUAUGUUUUUAUUUUUCUCUCUUUAUUUUAUUUUGUUUUUCAUAAUUCUUCUCAUUUCUAUUGUGAAUACGACUAUUCUAUUUGGCAGCGUUUGGAUGGUCGGAAGUCUUUCUCUCUCUCGUCUUUCUAUUAAUAAACUCUAGUAGUUUUUCUUCUCCUCCUAAAUAAUUUUCAUAAAAUUCGAUAUAUAUAUAUAUAUAUUCAUCCUCCUCCUCCUCCUCCUCCUCCUCCGGCAAAACUCUUUUACCGAAUCUCUGGCCGUCCAAAAAUGGCCGAAGACUUUGCCAAGGCCGUGGACGACGGUCUCAAGCUAUCCAAGCGGAUAUACUUCGGGAAAGACAGAGCCGUGGCUCCGCCGAAGCCGCCACCGCCUAUGGAUAAGUCGACGGCGCACUUGUACCUUCCAACGGCGCCUAUGGUGUAUGCCGUGAUCAGUGACCCGGCGAUCGUGGACAAUCCCGAUAUCCCUAGCUACCAGCCCCACGUGCACGGCAGGUGCGAUCCACCUGCCCUCAUUCCCUUGCAAAUGAACGGGAUUGAACUGCAAGCUGAUUGCUAUUUGGACACGGCCUUUGUUCGGGUUUCUGGAUCCUGGAGGGUUCAUUGCGUUAUGGGCAGUAGGAGCUGUAGCUGCCGCGUGGCCAUUCCUUUGGGGGAGCAGGGUUCAAUUCUAGGUGUUGAGGUUGAAGUCUCUAGAAAAUCCUAUCAUACUCAACUGAUACACAUGGAAAACAAUGAUGUAGACAAAGCAGGCUCAGCACACGGAGGCUUUCUCAAACCCCAUAUAUUUACCUUGACAGUACCACAGGUGGACGGGGGUUCUCUUCUCGCUAUUAAAAUUAAUUGGUCUCAGAAAUUAAUACAUAGAGACAAUCAGUUCAUUUUAAAUAUACCAUUUACUUUUCCUGAGUAUGUCACACCUGCUGGUAAAAAAAUGACAAAAACGGAGAAGAUCCAAUUGAACGUGAAUGUUGGCACUGGAUCCGAAGUGUUAUGCAAGACAGUCAGUCAUCCUUUGAAGGAACUAAGGCGCCAGGUUGGAAAAUUGGGAUUCUUAUAUGAAUCAGAAGUUCUCUCUUGGUCAAGUACGGAUUUUAGUUUCUCAUAUAUUGUCCCUUCAAGUGAUACAUAUGGUGCUGUUUUCUUGCAAUCUCCAUCUGUGCAUGACUUUGAUCAACGAGAGAUGUUCUAUAUCUAUCUUUCUCCAGGAAAUCAGCAAAGUAGGAAGGUGUUCAGAAAGGAUAUAGUAUUUGUUGUUGAUAUAAGUGAAAGCAUGCGAGGGAAGCCACUUGAUGACACUAAGAAUGCACUGUCCAAAGCUCUCUCUAAGCUUGAUUCUGAAGAUUCAUUUAGCAUUAUAGCUUUUAAUGGAGAGACUUAUAUGUUCUCAAAAUCAAUGGAAUUAGCUACCAAGGAGACAGUUGAAAAUGCUAUUCAGUGGAUUAGCAUAAAUUUCAUUGCUGGUGGUGGAACAAAUAUUUUGCUUCCCCUGAAUCAGGCCAUUGAGAUACUAUCUAAUGCCCGGGGUUCAGUUCCUACCAUUUUCCUUGUUACUGAUGGGACCGUUGAAGAUGAGAGACACAUAUGUGAUGUAAUGAAAAAUCAUCUUACAGAUAGUAGAACAAAGAGUCCACGUAUAUUCACAUUUGGAAUAGGCACAUUCUGCAACCAUUAUUUCUUGCGGAUGCUUGCAAUGAUUGGUCGGGGCCAGUAUGAUGCAGCUUAUGAUGUAGAUUCAGUGGAAGUUCGGAUGCAAAAAUUAUUUGACAAAGCUUCUUCUUUGAUUCUUUCCAAUAUAACCUUUGACACAUUGGAUAAUCUGGAUGAAAUUGAGGUGUAUCCUUCCUGGGUUCCAGACCUUUCAUCUGAGGGUCCUUUAUCUGUGUUUGGGAGAUACCGAGGGAAAUUUCCUGAGGCUUUAAAAGCUAGAGGUGUCUUGGCAGAUUUGAAUAAUUUUGAAAUAGACUUGAAGAUACAUCAUGCAAAGGACAUACCUCUUGACAGAAUAUUUGCAAAAGAACAGAUUGAGCUGCUUACGGCUCAGGCAUGGUUGUCAGAAAAUAAACAGCUGGAGGAUAAGGUUGUGAAAAUUAGCGUUGAGACUGGUGUCCUCUGCGAGUAUAGCCGUAUGGGUGUUAUUCAGAAUGAGGAUAUAGAGGUAUCAAAGAAAAGUAAACCCGAGAAGACGAAAGAUGAUCUGGGAAAACCAAAAGUGACAUUGCUAGUAAGCCUGGGCGUCGGCUUUGGGAACUUGAAAGCGACAGCUGACAACAUUCCUCCAGGAUCCGAGGAGCUGAGGUUGCCUGAAGCUGCUGAAAUCUUCGUGAAGGCAGCUUCUAGUUGUUGCAACAGUAUGUGUGGUUACUGCUGUUGCAUGUGUUGCAUCAGGUGCUGUUCCCAGUUGAACGAUCGGUGUGCAAUAGCAUUAGCCCAGUUCUGCGGCGCUCUGGCAUGUUUGGGCUGCUUCAGUUGUGCAGAGUUGUGCUGUGGUGACGAUUCAUCAUAGAAACUGGGUCAUAAAAUCUUCCAACACUCUUGUAUCUACUUGCUAUAGUGUAAAAAAGAUGAUUACGGGUACAGAUAUAGGCUUAGUUAUACAUCAUUUUUUUCUUUUUUCGUGUGCGGAAAUGAUGCUGGUACAGUCUCCAUUAUCAAAGUUUUUAUACAUAUACAUUUCAACAAGAA